UUAGCUGUUCUUCUUCAGCUCUCACCGAAAACCCCCAGCGUUAAACCCUACUAAGAGCUCAUUCUCCCUUCAAACCUCUCUUCACCCAGCCAGCCAGCCCGCCCACGUGCAUUCUUUCUUUCUCUGCUAAAAAAAUCAAUAUUUUCUGGGUUUCUGUUAUUUUGCACUGAAAAUUAAUUAAUAUCAGCAAUAACCAUGAAAAACAAGAAUCCAAGGAAGAUGGGAGGCCCCCCAGGAAAAAACAAGAGGGGCAGCAGCAAAUUCUCUAUGAAUAGAGAUCCCUUUUUCAGCAACAGCAAAAGACGCAAGAAGAAUGAAGAUGAGGUUAUCGAAUCCGAGGAGGAGGAGUUGGACGGAGGAAUGCUUAAUGGUGGAGGAGAAUCAGGGGAGGAGGAGGAGGAGUUAGAACCGGAGGAGACGGCGGAAGAGAAGAGGCAGCGGAUUGCGAAAGAGUUGGUGGAGAAUCUUAGAAAGAGAGAGAAGGAGCUUGAGGAUGAGGAGGAUGAAGAGGGGGAGAGAGUGUUUGAGAAGGAAGGUGAGAGGGAUUCUUUUGUGGCUAAGAAAUUGAUGCAGCAACAGCUUGAGGAUAGUGGUCGUUUGAGGAGAGCCAUUGCUUCUAGGGUUCAAAAGCCAGAGAGUGUCGAUGGAUUUGAGAUCCUAGUGAAGCAUCGGCAAUCUGUUACUGCUAUAUGCCUUUCUGAUGAUGACUCAAAGGGCUUUUCUGCUUCCAAAGAUGGCAUGAUUUUGCAUUGGGAUGUAGACAGUGGAAAAGCUGAAAGAUACCAAUGGCCUAAUGAGGAAAUACUAAGAUCCCAUGGUUCCAAGAAUCCAGAAGGACGAGCAACUAAGCAUAGCAGGAAUGUUUUGGCGUUGUCUGUUAGCACUGAUGGUCGGUAUUUGGCAAGUGGAGGCUUGGAUCGACAUGUUCAUUUGUGGGACACCCGUACACGAGAACAUAUUCAGGCCUUUCCAGGUCAUAAAGGUCCUGUCUCAUGUUUGACUUUUAGGCAAGGGAGUUCAGAACUUUUUUCUGGUUCAUUUGAUCGAUCGAUCAAGAUAUGGAAUGUAGAAGAUAGAGCUUACAUGAACACAUUGUUUGGUCACCAAAGUGAAGUGCUAGCGAUCGAUUGUUUGUGGCAAGAACGAGUGCUGGCUGUUGGGCGUGAUCGGAGCAUGCAAUUGUUUAAGGUCCAUGAUGAGUCAAGGCUGAUAUUUCGUUCUUCUACAUCAUCUUUGGAGUGUUGCUGUUUUAUUGACAACAGCGAAUUUCUAUCUGGAUCAGAUGAUGGAAAUAUUGCACUUUGGGGCAUACAAAAGAAGAAGCCUGUGUACAUUGUUAAGAAUGCACAUGCUUUGUCGACUGAUGUCAAUAAUGGUGAACUGAAGGAUAGAGGAAGAAAUUACAAUGGUCAUAUUGCAUCUUCCUGGGUAAGUUCAGUUGGUGUAUGUAGAGGCAGUGACCUUGCUGCCUCCGGAGCUGGGAAUGGCUCUGUCCACUUAUGGGCUAUUGAAGGUGCUGGCAAAGGCAUUCGGUCCUUGUAUGAUCUUCCAUUGAUUGGAUUUGUAAAUUCCUUGGCUUUUGCAAAAUCUGGAAAAUUCCUUCUCGCUGGGGUUGGACAGGAACCUCGCCUAGGAAGAUGGGGACACAAUUCUGCCGCUCGAAAUGGAGUUGCAAUUCAGCGGUUGAAGCUUUUGUAGGGUAGAAAAAGGAUUUGAUCCAUUUCGGUAAUGAUUAUUUGAGAAAGUAAAUGAAUAUUCCUGUUCUUGUAACUCAAUUUUGUUCAAAUUUAAUGGUUCAUACCCAGCAAGUGAAUUCUCUCCUUUAAAUUUUAUCGAAUGAUAUUUUCAUUUUUGAAAGAAAUGAGGCAAUACGAGCAAUGAUUUUGCAAACAAUUGUUAUA